AUGUGCAUCAAAGAGAACCUUCCCCUGAUUCAUUUAGCGACAAAGCUCAGUCCCUCUACCAUUUCCAAUGUACAAGCGAGUCUACAACGUUUUGGAGCCUUUCGGCUCGCGGCCCCACAACUGACUGGAGACCUCUCACAAAGAGUGUUCCAAAAUGCAAGAACACCCUCGUAUCAACGUAAAGUACUCGUUCUGACCUUUGACCACAGGCUCCCGGAACUGAUCCUUGGGAGAACCGCCAUCCCUAAGGAAAGCAUUUAUUUUCUUCGAAAGGGUGGAGAUGACUACAUCGCUCCCCCUCUUGACCUAGAAAAUUCUAUCAAAGCAUUUCACGAUGAAUGGACCAGUUUGCGAAAGGAAUUAUUCAGCACAGUAUCUAUGGUCCUAGACUCUACGGAGCCCCUGAUAGGCACACCGACUCUUGACUACGAGUCUGUCGGCUUGAACUUCUACGACUCUGAUAGACUAAGCCCUGAUAGAGUCCACUUCAACCCAGCUCAUAAAGACAGUGGGACAUUGACAAUUUUAGUACGGUCCAACGAAUCAUGCGAUGGACUAGAAAUCGCCGAUUUGCAAUCAACUGAAAAGCUUGACAGUGAGAGCAUAGGGCAGGAAGCAUCUUUCAUCUCCGUCCCUGCAGUAGCAGGUGAAGUCAUCGUGCUUGCCGGGACUCGUUUACAGCGUCUUCUGGGCAAAAGUAAAGUUCGUGCAUGCGUGCAUCGAGUGUGCCGUCCUCUGCAGGCAAGUGACAAGCAGCAGAGAUUGAGCCUUGCUAUAUUCUGUGGACCUACCAUGAAAUGA